UAAACCUUAUGUUGAUAACGUUCCAUUUUCUGACGUGGCCAAAGUUUUUUAUCUUGUAUAAAAUAAUAACAAAGUUUUGACAUUUUUAUGCACGUAUGUUAAUAAUACACCAACGACAAUACGUAGAUUAGUUAUGUUUUAAUCAGUUUGUGCAGAAUUGUAGAAAUGACUACGAUAACAGAGGAUAACCAAAAAAGCCAGAAGAAUAAAUGGAUUUCAAAAAUUUUACUUGGCACAUUUAUUCUACUUAUAUUCCUAAAUUUACCAACUCUUUGUCAAGCUCAUGAUCAUGACGAGCCACCAAGUUUUAAAUAUUCCGAAAAAGCUAAUUCUCGCCAGAUGCAAGAUGAUAUGGGUGUAUCUAAAGUUAUAGAUCAUCAUACACAUGGACAUAAUGAUCAUGAUCAUAAUCAUGAUCAUCAAGAGAAAUCAGUUUUAUCCGAUGAGGCUUAUAAGGAAGUUAUUGUUAAAGCUGUUACAUCAACUUUAAUCAUAUCAGCAGCCCCUUUUCUUAUUCUGUUUCUUGUACCAUUAGACAAUACUAAAGAAUGUGAAUCAGUGCUAAAGAUAUUGUUAAGUUUUGCAUCUGGUGGCUUACUAGGAGAUGCAUUUUUGCAUUUAAUUCCUCAUGCUUUAGUUCCUCAUGUACAUGAAUCUGAAGAAGCUCAUUCCCAUACACAUUCUCAUAAUCAUGAUAAUGAAGAAGUUAAUCAUGUACAUGAUAUAUCUGUUGGAUUAUGUGUAUUGUUAGGUAUAGUGGUGUUUUUAAUUGUUGAAAAAGCAGUACGAAUUAUAAAAACUGACCACAGUCAUGUGCAUGUACAUAAUGUCAAAGAAAAUAAAAAUAAUAAAUCACAGAAAAGUUCUAAAGAAAAAGAACCUAAGAAACCUGAAAAUGAAAUAAAAAUUGCUGGAUAUUUAAAUCUAGUCGCAGAUUUCUUACAUAACUUCACAGAUGGUCUUGCUAUUGGAGCUAGUUAUUUAGCGGGAAAAAAUAUUGGAUAUAUUACCACAUUCACAAUUUUACUACAUGAAGUACCUCAUGAAAUAGGAGAUUUUGCUAUUUUGAUACAAAGUGGUUAUAGCAAAAGAAAAGCUAUGAUGCUUCAACUUACUACUGCAAUAGGUGCUUUGUUAGGGACUUAUGUAUCAUUACUUGCAGAAGGCAUGGGUGACAUUGCAACCAAGUGGAUACUUCCAUUUACAGCUGGAGGAUUUAUUUAUAUAGCAACAGUUUCUGUAAUACCAGAACUCUUAACUGAUACUAAUUUUAGACAGUCUGUGAAAGAAAUUAUUGCAUUACUCUUCGGUGUAUAUAUGAUGGUACUCAUAGCAAAGUAUGAAUAGAUUUCUUCAGUACAUUGUGAUCAUUAAUCAAGGAUUUAUUUCCAUUUCCAUUUGUAUUCGUUGAAGACUACUAAUGGAACAAAUAUAUUGUAUAACAUGAAUACCAGUGAAAAAAAAUCGUUAUAUAUCUAUUACAAAUGUUAACAAGGAAAAAGUCAAUGAAUAUAAGAAAGAAUUCAA